UCUAAUAAAAAACAAUCUAUAAUAUAUAAAUAAAACUAUACAGAAAAUAAAUAAAAAUUAAUAUAGUAAUAGUUAACAGAGGUGAAAAGACAUCAAAAUGCAGAUCUUGGUACCAGAAUCUCAACUUCCAAACGCCUUGUCCGAGGCUUCAACCAAUAAAUUGAAAAUUGUUGAAGACAUACAGAACAUUCUCAAGGCAACUCAAAUUUCAGACGAUAAGGAAAAUGUUAAGGACUUGAAGAAUAGUACAGAAAGUUGUCAUAAACCCAUACACAAACACACACCCUUCCCAGGCAUCUCCGAACUACUGCCCAGCCUAUAUCUCUGCGGUGCUGGUGUUGCCAUGCCACAAAUACUCGAUCAACUCGAAGUACGUUUCAUUAUCAACGUAGCACCCGAAUUGCCAGAUACGCCACUGUCCAGCAUCACAAAACCACUCUAUUUGCGCAUCAAUGCAUCAGACAGGCCUGAUGUCGAUCUGGCAGCACAUUUCGAUGAAGUUGCUGAUAUGAUAGAGGAAGUACGGCAACUUGGCGGUAAAUCUCUAGUGCACUGCGUUGCUGGCGUCAGUCGUUCGGCUUCAUUGUGCAUUGCUUACCUCAUAAAACACGCCAGCAUGUCCUUGCGAGAAGCCUAUCUACACGUCAAGUCAAUACGUCCACAAAUACGUCCCAAUACAGGCUUCUUUCAACAGUUGAGACAGUACGAAGAGCAGCUACAUGGCAGGUGUACAGUACAAAUGGUUUUCUACGAAUCGCUGAACAAAGAGAUCCCCGAUGUUUACGAACCCGAAUAUAAGGCAAUGGAAGAAUUCUAUCAACGACAACGUAAAGCCUUGAAGCGACGUUAGUGGAAUAGAGAAUGGAUUGAAGUCUAUUUUAAUCUGCACCUGUUGUGGUUUUAAACUGUAAACUGUAUUAUAUAGUCAUAGUUAGUUGUAACGUAGUAGUGUUGAUGUCCAGGAUCUCGUUAAGAGUGCGUGAUAAUGUAGUUAUUAUGUUGAUAUUGAUAAGUGUCUUAGCACAUAGUGUGCACGUAUGUCAUAAAAUUAAAUUACGUAAUCCUUAUGUAAUUGGUAACAGUAUUUUUGCUGAAUUUUAUCAUAUUAUUUUAUGCUUAAGCACCCUACACCUAAGUACUCAAAUA